AUGGCUUCAAAACACAGGACAUCAUUAAAAGACUCCGUGUUAAAUGCCUCUGAUGAGAUACAUGACUUUUCCUGCUCUGUGUGUCAAGAUGACAAUCUCAACACCGAGGCUAAGCAUCUCUGUGGGAAAUGCUCUAAAUAUUACUGCGACAAGUGUCUGAGAUUGCAUACAAAACUCCUCAAAGAGCAUAUUGUGUUGGGUCAUAAGGACGUGGACAAGUGGGUGGGGCAGGGAGACGCCCUGUCAACCUGUGACCUUCACCCUUCAAAGGUAUUGGAGCUGCUUUGUGAAGACCACGCUGAGCUGUGUUGUAAUCUGUGUGUAUCACUCAACCACAGGAUGUGCCGAAGCAUCAACUUGAUAUCAGACCUAGCCAGUGGCAUCCACAAGAUGGCCGACUUUAAGCAGCUUCCUGCAAAAGUGAUCAAGGUAUUGGCAAGCCUUAACAAAGUUAGUGAGGCCAGAAAGAAGAACCAGAACUCGCUGAACGCUUUAGGGAAGUUCAUCCUAAGAAAGAUAAAGAACCUGAGGAAGACACUGAACCAGCUGCUAGAUGAGCUGGAGAAAAAGACGGUGGAAGAGAUGUACAGUGUCUGGGCUGACCUGGAUGGGUCAAUACAGAAGGAUAUUGACCAGUGUGACCACCUAUAUGACCAGCUAAAGGCCUUACUGGACAAGAUCAAAGCCCGAGAUGAAGACAGCGAGUCCAGCUCCUACAUUGGCUACACAAAAUGCCAGGAAAAGUUUGCAGAGGUCAACACUCUGCUGAAGCAGAUUUCCACCAGACCAGAGGCGACUAUCACAUUCAAGCCUGACUCACAAGCUAAACAACUUCUGUCUGAACUGAAUACACUGGGAUACAUCCAGGGGUAUCCUGACACACAGUUUCAAAAUAAACCGACUGGCGUGCCAUCACCUAGAGAGGUCAAAAAGUUAUCUGAUAUAUCUAAAGUGUUCGAGGUGUCCACUGACACAAUCAAGAUGACCAGUAAGUUCUCAGUUGACCACCACUGUGGCUCAAUCAGGCACCACCAGGGUCAGCUGUAUGUCGGUACCGGCAAUGCCCUGUUCCUCUACACUACAGCUGGCUGGCUGGUUAAAAAGAUACACGAAGACAUGUCUAGCACAAACACAGUGCGCAGCUUUGCCUUGAGCACAGAUGGAAAUAAGAUCUACAUAGCUGACCUCAGCCGUAAUAAAAUGGUCACUACUGACAUCACAGGCAACAUUUUGACCACACUACAAGACCCUGACAUUGACAUUCCCUGUAAUGUGCACGUUAGUGAGUGCGGACAUGUGUUUGUGUGCUCAUAUGGCUCAGACACUGUGUUGCAGAUUGACCAAGAAGGCAACAAGAAGCUGACCACACUGGUUAGGAGGAAAGACGGCAUCAACCAGCCACUGGCAACCUGGUACAGCACUCGCACUGGCAGGCUUACCAUCGGUGGAAACCAGGAUGACAUUCUGGUGGCAGAACUCAAGUAG